UUUGAUCUGGAGGGGAUAGACGGUUGCGGUGGCGCGGGCUCCGACUCAGCCUGUCCUGCCGAGCUGGCCGGCCAUCCCUGAAACUCCCGCCCAAAAAGAAGGCGAGGAGGGCAGGGAAGGCUCAGCCGGAGGCCGGAGGUGCGUGCUGAAGCUGCUGGCCAGGAGGAAAGUGUGGGCUGCCUGGCGAAGGAGGAGUGCCUAGAAAGUUGGCGUCCUCCGCCGGCGGAGCCAUGAUCUGGGGGGGCAGCCUUGACCUCGCGCCUCCGAGCGUAGCGCGUCCCCCACUGCUCGCCCCUCUGCUGCUGCCGACGCAGAGGUCUUUGCUGUUGCUGCUCUUACUGUUGCUGCUGCUCGGGGUCUCGGCGCCGCUGGCAGGGCGCGCGGAGAAACUAGGUGAUGGAUGUGGGCACAUGGUGACUUACCAAGACAGUGGCACACUGACAUCUAAGAAUUAUCCAGGGACCUACCCCAAUCAUACCAUAUGUGAAAAGACCAUUACAGUCCCUCAGGGGAAAAGACUGAUUUUGAGACUUGCAGAUGUGAAUAUUGAAUCUCAAACAUGUGAAUCCAACUACUUACUCUUCGUCAGUUCCUCAACCCCGUAUGGUCCAUAUUGUGGAAGCAUGAAUAUCCCCACAGAAUUCUACCUGAACACAAAUGAAGUGACUGUUCGCUUUGAGAGUGCAUCCCACAUUUCUGGGCGUGGAUUUUUGUUGUCCUAUGCCAGUAGUGAUCAUCCAGAUUUAAUAACAUGCUUGGAUCGUGCUAACCAUUUUUCAAAGACCGAGUACAGCAAAUUCUGUCCAGCUGGCUGCAGAGACAUAGUAGGCGAUAUCUCUGGGAAUGUGGUAGACGGAUACAGAGAUACCUCUCUAUUAUGCAAAGCAGCAGUGCAUGCAGGAGUGAUUGCAGAUGAACUGGGGGGACAGAUCAAUGUGCUCCAGUCAGAAGGGAUCAGCCGUUAUGAAGGAAUCCUGGCCAAUGGCAUCUUCUCCAAGGACGGUUCUCUGUCACAUAAGCGAUUUGUGUUUCUAUCCAAUGGAUGCAAUAAAUCACUGAAUUUGGAACCUGCCAAACAAAUCACAGCUUCUUCCUCUUGGCAUUGGGUCAAUGAAAAUGGAGAAGAGAUUCAUUGGUCUCCUGGCCAGGCACGGCUGCAGGACCUAGGGCCAUCAUGGGCUUCAGGAGACACCAGCACCAGCCACAAAUCUGGAGAGUGGCUGGAAAUAGAUUUGGGCGAGAAAAAGAGAAUAACCGGGAUUAGGACUGCAGGAUCCACCCAAACAAAUUUCAACUUUUAUGUUAAGUCAUUUGUGAUGGAUUUCAAAAAUCUCAACUCCAAGUGGAAAACCUACAAAGGAAUUGUGAACAAUGAAGAAAAGAUAUUUCAAGGCAACUCUAACUUUAGAGAUCCAGUACGGAACAAUUUCAUCCCUCCCAUUGUGGCCAGAUAUGUGAGGAUUAUUCCAAAGACCUGGCACCAGAGAAUUGCUCUGAAAGUGGAACUGAUUGGUUGUCAGAUUACACAAGGCAAUAAUUCAUUUGUUUGGCACAAGCCAAGUCCAAGUACAGGUGUCUCAAUUGGGAAAGAAGAUAAAACUCGCACAAAGCCCAUUCCCUCAUCUGAAGAAGAAAGAGUUACAAAGCUGAGGACUAUAAUCAUUCCAUUGGUGCUCUUUGUGGUCUUGCUCACAGUUGGAAUGGGUAUUUUUGCUGCUGUGAAAAAAAUGAAGACAAAAGGAAAUCCUUACGGAUCAGCUGAGGCACAGAAAAAAGGAUGUUGGAAGCUGCUCAAACAGCCCUUUGUCAGACGUCAAUCAUCAGAGUUCACCAUCAGUUACGAAAAUGAAAAGAUGACACAGAAAUUAGACCUGGUCACAAGUGACAUGGCAGAUUAUCAUCAACCUCUCAUGAUUGGAACUGGGACAGUCAUGAGGAAAGGUUCCACCUUCAGACCAAUGGACACAGAAGCUAAUGAGACAGGGAAGAACUCUGAGCCCGAAAACCACUAUGCCUGUCCUCACCCAACCAACCGCCAUGAGUAUGCGCUGCCUUUGACAAAUCAGGAACCUGAGUAUGCCACCCCUAUUAUAGAACGGCACUUAAUGAGAGAGAAAACCUUUCCUGAAGGGGGCUACAAUGUACCUGCCAUAGCUCCAGCUCACAAACAUUCCCUAUCCUCUGGCAGCUUCUCCAAUUCAGGUAGAGUGGAUGCUAAACAUGGAGACUACCAGUUGCCUCAAGGCCUUAAGCCAGAGGAGGGUGACUAUGAUAAACCUAAAGUCAAAAGCUUCUUAACCACAGAAGACUGUGAUGCUGACUAUCAAAAGCCUCAAAUGAAUCCCUUAAUAAAUGAUGGUUAUUCAGCCCCUAGAGACUGUCUCAAACCAAUAAACCAGACUGCAAUGACUGCCCUUUUAUAAGCUCAACAUGAAAGAAAUUUGCUGUGGUACUGAGCAUUAUGCUGGUGUGCAGUCACUGGAAAAAAAAUUAGGAUCUUCCUAAAGGUUUUUUAUAUGUGUGUGUAUGUGUGUGUGUGUGUGUGUAUAUCUUUUUCUACCUAUAUCUAUUGCUGUAGAUAUAAUUUUUAGCUAUUUAUAUGUAUAUAGAUAGAAAUACUUACCUGUAUAUUGAAGUAUGUUUAGUUUAUGUUUAGAGAUUUAGCUAUAUUGCUAGAUGUGGAUAUCUUUAUACUCACAUGUAGUGAUAUAGCUAUAUCACUAUACAUAUAUACAAAUACAUAUAGAUAGCUAUAGAGAUAUAUCUAUAUUGAUAUAGGUAGAACUACAUCUUAUUAGUACACAUGUACACACAUACCCACUGUAUGUAUGUAUGUAUGUAUGUUUGUGUAUCUAUACAUAUAUACACACUACAUAUAGUGUGUAUAUAUGUAUAUUUAAAAUAUAUAGACAUACAUGGGGUGUGUGUGCAUGUAUCCUAAUAGGAUCUUGCUGGGGAGGUUCAAAGACAACCUCUUUUACUGUUUACACAAUAAUGCAAUUGAUGUUGGUCUUGACCUUAGAGGUCUGUGGUUUUUCUUGUGGGCUGGCAGAUGUUGUCAGAUGAGUAGGUGGUAUUUUCCUUUCUGUAACUGUGAUCUUAAGCUACUUGGUGUAAUAUGUGCAAUCUGUACAGAAUUUUAUUUAACAUGAAUUAAAAUAACUUAAAUUUUCUUGAUCAAAUUUUAGAUCUGCACAGAGGUUAAGUGGGAAUGUGCAGCUGUUGUUUUUAAAAAAACUUAUAUAAUAGUUACGUUGACUUUUAAGAUAUAUUUUAUCUGAUAGAGUCUUAGCAGCAGGACUGUUUAAACUUAAUCUUGUUAUUGUGGCUCAUUUCCUUUCCUUUGAUAGUGAAAAGUAAAAGCAUUUUUAUUUUUCUUCUCCUAGAAGAUCUGAUUACUUGAAGCAUUAAAAGCACACCAACAAGGGUGAUGGUUUUUUAGCAAUUGUGUUGUUGUUGUUGUUUUUUAAAAAAAUCAGCCAUGAUCUGUUCUCUUGUGAUCAUUAGCUGCUUAGGUUCUAUUUUCAAAUAUUUAGUCAUUUCUUCAGAACAGUUUCAAUUUUUGUGAAUUUCAGAAGACUUCAUAUUCGUCCAGGUCCUAAGAGAAGUUUUUCUUCUUUCUGCUGAUCAUUUCAUCACUUCUCAUAUACUCUUAACUUGAACUUUGGGUAAUACCACAGAGCUUUCUUUCCAUAUGUGUCUACUCUUUUCAAAAUGUCUGUGAAGCCAAAAUGUGAAUUAAUAAAAAUGAAAAACAAAAAACCCUGCUCUUCAUACCAACAGAAGAUGAAGGUAACGUAGCAAUUCUGCCUUGCGUUACUGGGUAUGACUUCUGAUCUCAGUUUAACAUUGAGUCUGGGGUCAAAUAACCACAUUUGGCUCUAAGAACAGAUGUUAAUGAGACUGAGAAAAAAAGUAGUUUUAAUUUGUUUUUAUUUCAAAGUAUUCUACUGCAAGAGUGACAAAGAUAGUACAAUAGUUUUAUCAAGAUGGUUGGAAAAGAGGCAUUUUUGAAAAAAUGCAUUUUCCUCUCUGGCACAUAUUACUAAUUCUAGAUUAGGUCAGACUUGAGCUUUUAAAUUAUUUGAAGUGGUUUUUAUCUAAGCAGUCUUUAUGAAAUAAAACUGUGCAAUGUAGUUAUUUUUGAACACUGUAAGCAAGAGAGGAAGUAGAUCUUUCUCCAUCUAUGACCUUCCUUGGUAUAUUAGCUGAAAGUCUGGACCAAAAAAACUCAAGUCUCUAAAUUCUGGAUGUAACUGUAGUUGUGUACAGUUUUUCAUAAUUUCUGUGAAAUGUAUAGAAAACACUGAGGGGUGCUGAAAUGCAAUGGCAGCUUAUUUUCCCAACACUGUGGGGCUAAGUUGUUAGACAUUUUUGUUGUUUACAUGGUUGUACUAUAUACUAAUUUUAAUAAUUAA